AUGGAGUCUCUCAUACCGGAUUGUAGGAUUCACCAAGAUGUAAUUGAUUUCUGGUCUGCUUUUCUAAAUGAUCUUGAGAAAUUUAAAGGUAACACUACUCCUUUAAGGUUUUUCAUGUCAUGUUCACUUAUGAAGACGGAUAGUAUUAAUGCACGAUUAGUCGAUAGAAUUCGAAGUCAUGUGGAAACGUUUUCCCGUGUUAAAAGUUUACGUGUUAAUUUGAAAACAAUGUUAAAACAAUAUUUGACGAUUACGGAUCAUCCUCGAGUCAAUUCAUUCAAAAUAAUGAAGAUGGAAAGGUUUGAGAUGGAGUGGCAGACCAAAAACAAUGAUGUUUACUGCGGGUUAUUUCUCACGAGACACAUGAAAGUAUAUCGUGGUGGUGGAGUGGAGAAGACUGAUGCUGAUAUAUUGCAUGAGUGUACUAGUCAAAAGAUGCAAUUGGUGGACAUGAUGAAGAAAUAUGUUGGUAAGAUUUUGUUGUCAGAUUUGAAUUUGUGCAAACCAUCUUUUGUUACUACUUUAGAGGAUUAUGUUAAACUGAUGGGCUAUAAAAGGAAGAAGAUUUACAUUGAAGGUCAUUUUCAUGAACUUGAAGUGAGGGUUCAAUCAACAGGUGUUCUUUGA